AUGAAUCAAGCUGAAAUCUGUGCCCAGAAACAACGCGAGCGAAAUGAGCGCCGGCUUUCAGUUCAACACAACAACGCAUACUACUUUAUUCGAUGCCAGAGUGACAGCGAAAGCACAAAGCCCAAUCCAUCGACCACCCUCGAACCUCCUCAAGAUUCAAGUCAGCGGACUUGUCCUCCAAACUUAACAUCGACGACUCCGAUGUCUUGGAUUGAAGAGUGCGCUUCACCUGUGCCGUAUCACAUUUCACGCCCAACGCUUACAUCAAAUUCGGUAAGCGAUAACAUAUCCCCAAAUAUAGCUGCAGCAACAACUAGUACAGUGACUUCUUUGACUACCUCAAAUGCGCCAACAACAACAACCACAAACACACCGGUACCUGCCAACUGCACAGCGAUGUCAAAAAACCGGCCUAUUCUUGCUGAACAAGCACAAAUCGGCUUGAGUGAAAGCACUUACACUGGAAACAAAGGUUAA